AUGUUGAGACACACCACCCAAAGCCUUGUUAGAGCCAAUAGUUGGAAGAAUCAAACUGUUUAUUCUUGUAUCAGAACUUAUGCAACACCUAAUGAUAAAGAACCCAAGGCACCUCUCUCACAACGUUUAGGAGGUACUGGACGUGGUCGUAUUCUUGAUGGCGCCAGUGAUCCUUUUGCUGCUUUCUUGGCUAACGCAAAGACUAACCGUAACCGCAAUGGUAACUUUGUUCCUCGUCACAAUAAGAAAAAGACCAAUGACAACAAGGAUCAAUUUGCUGAUGCUGCUGAACCUGUUGAAAAGAAGCAACAACCUCGUCAAAACAGAAACAGACCUAAUAAUAACAACAACAACAACAACAACAACAAUAGAAACAAACAACAGUUGGGUGAAUUCAAGAACAACAACAGACGUACUCCAAACAACAACAACAAUAAAAAGUUCAAUGUGCGUAAAGCAGCACCUCAAGAAGUCCGUACUCGUCGUGCUACUACAUUCAUUGAUAAAGACAUUGAUUGGACAUCAUUUGAAACUACUACAUUGUCUACAGAACAACAAGCAGAUCAAGUUGCUGAUGAUAACAGUGAAUUAGUCAUGAAGGAUAUGGCGGGUGAUUAUGAUAGAUACUUGAGUGUGGGUACAGAUGUUGCAUGGUCGAAUGUGAUUCAGGGUAGCACUGUGAGUAAUUUGGUAGGCAGUAAUGCUACUUUUGAUCUUCAACAAAAGACCGCCUUUUUAGCUGCUGUAUCAAAAGCAACAGGUGGAAACACAGUUGCAAGAAACUAA